CAUAAUAAGAAUUUUAAUACUAGUUAUGCUAAGGUAAAUAAAUGAAAUAAAAAAGUCUGUAUGUAUACAUAUUCUUCGCGGCACAUUUUGUCAUUUUGAGACGAGAGAAAGAGAAGGUAAUCGGCCACGAUGACGAUGGCGACGCCUUUCAGUGGGGCUGCGAACUCUAUUGUGGCGGCGAGGACCGUUCUGAUAACGGGAGUGAGCAAAGGUCUGGGAAGAGCCCUAGCUCUCGAGCUGGCCAAGAGGGGUCACACUGUGAUAGGAUGCGCUCGUAGUCAAGAGAAGCUCACCGCUCUUCAAUCGGAGCUUUCCUCUUCGACCAAUCAUCUCCUCCUCACCGCUGAUGUGAAAUCAAACAGCAGUGUCGAAGAAAUGGCACACACAAUUGUGGAGAAGAAGGGUGUCCCAGAUAUCAUAGUUAACAAUGCUGGUACCAUCAAUAAGAACAGCAAGAUUUGGGAAGUCUCUGCUGAAGAUUUUGACAAUGUCAUGGAUACAAACGUUAAAGGAGUUGCAAAUGUGCUGCGCCAUUUUAUCCCUUUGAUGCUCCCACGCAAGCAAGGAAUUAUUGUAAAUAUGUCUUCUGGAUGGGGAAGAUCUGGUGCUGCCCUGGUUGCACCUUACUGUGCAUCAAAAUGGGCGAUUGAGGGUUUAAGCCGAGCAGUGGCAAAGGAAGUAGUUGAAGGAAUGGCAGUAGUUGCAUUAAAUCCAGGCGUGAUCAACACAGAAUUACUCACUUCCUGCUUCGGGAACUCAGCUUCCUUGUAUCAAGCUCCUGAUGCUUGGGCUGUGAAGGCUGCGACGAUGAUUCUGAAUCUUACAGCGGGUGACAAUGGCGGAUCUCUCACAGUCUAACAACUAAUAAAGCUACUCAUUUAUUUUCAAUUAGAGUGUUAUGGAUAAGGUUAGAAAUAACAAACGUAAAACCAAAUGAAACAGACUACAAAUGAUUAGAAAAUGGGCCAUUAGUUUCAUAAUUACUCCUAAUUUGUGUUUAUUGUUUGUUUCCAAGUGGGAUGCACAAACCUUGAAGACCUAGCAUCUAAUUACAAUCGUGGGCGUUUCUAUUCUUUUCCAAUAAUGACGGUUAUAAUUUGCAAGAAAAAAGAUUCAUACAAUGAUAACAAUUGGUCCCUUUAUA